GAGAGGUUUUCCGGCCAUGGACAUCGGGACGUGAGACUUGCUCUGCAGAGGACCGUAGGAGGAAAACGCAGCAAAAAAUGUGGUUAAAUCAGCGAAGUUUCUCGGACUAAUGGUUUUGAGGAGGAAGAUGAUGAUGAUGAUGAUGAUGAUUAUGAUUAUGAUGAUGAUGAUGAUGAGCGGGAGCCUCCUAAGUCCUCUCCAGCUCCAUCCCAGUCCAGGAAGAAAAGGAAGUCAUGUCCAGAGGUGGAGGACACAGAUGAACUGGCAGAAUCCAGUUUGCUAGGGUUAUCAUCAUCAGCCCCUCCCCCACCACAGCCAUCCAGGACAAGGAGGAAAUCUGCACCUCCAGCACCCACCUCACAUUCCAGAAAAGGAUCAAAGCCAUCACUAACACCUAAAAGGAGCACAGGAUGUGGCUCAACAACUCCACCCUCUUCAAUAUUGACACCUCCUGCACAGACCCCCGCUACACAGAGGACAACUGAAGAGGAAUUAGGGGAGAGUGUGAAAAGGCUUGAGAUGAGCGACCAGGACACGCAGCCGCCCCCACACAACUUUGUCCCUUGCCAACCAAGUGGCCCCACUAUUGGCAGAGGAUCAAGAUGGACACCGUUUCAACUAUUCAAGUUGUUUUUCAACACGACAGUUGUAUGCACUCUCAUCACUAACACUAACAAGAUGGCACAGAAAAUGAAAGCAGCAGGGAAGAAGUUCAGGUGGAAACCUGUUUCGAAGGAGGAAUUUUACACCUUUGUGGCAGUGAUAAUUUUCUGUGGACUGGUGAAGUGCCCGGUUAAAGACGAUUAUUGGAGGAAACAGAGCUCCUACAAUUUCCGCUUUCCAUCUUCUGUCAUGAGCCGGAAUCGGUUCAAUUCAAUCUUCUGGUGUCUUCACUGGAGCGAUCCUGAUGAAGAUGAGGAAAAUAACCAGAAGAAAGGCACUCCACAACAUGACCGGCUUUUCAAGGUGAAGCCACUAUACGAUGACAUCCUGUUGGCCUGCAAAGCUACAUAUUAUCCUGGCCAGCAGCUUUCUACAGAUGAAAGAAUGUUGGCCACUAAAGCGAGAAUAGGGUUCAAACAGUAUUUACCCCUCAAACCAACAAAGUGGGGGAUAAAGCUGUUUGUUCUUGCGGACAUGAAUGGCUACACGUGGAACUACUUCAUUUAUGAGGGUAAAACAGCUGAACAGUUGACGGAUGGACUGGGCCACUCAGCCGUCAUGCGGCUUCUGGAUGUUUCACUUUUGGGGACUGGAUAUCAGGUGUACAUGGACAAUUUUUACACCAGCCCGAAGCUCCUCUCUGACUUGGACCAAAAGAAGAUCAUGGUUUGUGGGACGAUGCGCGAGAGCCAUAGGGGUUUUCCUGCCAUCGAACCAAACAAACUGUUGAAGAAGGCCAAGCGGGGAGAGUUUAGAUGGCUGAGAAUGGACAGGCUGCUGUUCGUCCAAUGGAUGGACACAAAACAGGUGACUGUAGUGUCCAACUUCCACCGAGCCUUCAGUGGCUUCAUCACCAGAAGAAGGGUGAGGGAUGAGGCUGGAAAUGUUUGCAAAACUGAUGUCACCAUACCCGAUGCAGUGAAGGACUACAAUGCCUUCAUGGGCGGAGUUGACCUCUCAGACGCCCUUAUCGGUUACUACAGUGUGCUACACAAAACCAUGAAGUGGUAUAAAUAAGUUUUUUACCACAUGGUAGACAUUGCUGUAGUGAACAGCUACAUCAUAUACAAACUGCUUGCAGUUGGGUGUGGAGAGACUCCAGUGAAACAAAAGAGGUUCAGGGAGCUCCUCAUCAAAGAAAUGACUACGCAGCAACCAUCCCCAACUCGCCGGCCAGCAACAAAAACAUGUGGACCCAUCUUUCCCUCCCAGGAUGCGACAAAGGGUCGAAGACAGUGUGUUGUUUGUAAAAACAAGACCCCAAUAAUUUGCCGAAAGUGCAUGAUGCCCCUCUGCAUUAUUCCAAAGCGAAACUGUUACAUUCAGUGGCACGACAAACAGAAAUCAUAAAAACAAAACUAGCAAACUGAAGCCUGUAGACAAAGAAUUAUAUCUCAGCUCAAAAACUGCCUCACUUCCAGAUUGAAGCCAUUUUACAAACUUCAUCUUAGCCUCAACUAACUGAAGCUUUGAGUUUGAAGUCUUAUUUUUAUUUUAUUUACAGUGUGCCAUUUUGUUUGUUGUUAGAAUUUCUUUUGGUCCUAGAAUUGUUAGAUUAUCAU